ACCGUUGGGAGAUUGUGUGUUAGGACGAAUGCUAUUUCAGAUUCUUCUAACCAAUAAUCGCCAAUAAUCGCCAGUAAUCUCCAAUAACCGCCAGCCUAUUCGUACCAUCGUCCCUUAAGACAAGAAAUUCCUGAGUACACGGUUAGCGUCCCGUAUCGUAGACGCGUGCGUCUCUAGAGUCUCGUGUGUGCAGGGAACGAACUUCAUGAGCGAAUUCUGCUUCCGUGGUUCUAGUCAGGAAUUUGCCACUUUCCUUGUAGAUUCGUUCGUCGUAAUCUUGGUCCAGUAAGGUAGUACCUCUUAAAUUUCGCCUUCCUGGUUCGGUCCCUGUCGCAGCAAUUACUAUCACCUACAUAAACUACAAAAUCCAUCAUUAAUGGUGGACCCUGACGAAGCGAACCCGCUCAAUAGUGGCAGCAGGAGUGGCAGCAGUAGUGGCAGCGGUAGUAGCAGUGGUAGCCAUGGCACCAGAAAUCUGCCUGUUCCAUCUAACCUGGGUCGGCCCAGGAUCACAACCCCUGGGAUUCCCAUCACUUCUUCUCAGCAAAACGCUACCAGCAAUCACUUGACGUUUUUCGGGUCUAGGUUCUCCCCCAUCGAUGCCUUAUCGAGAAUCCUCCGCGCAACCAGCACCGACGUCCCCAGCGCCACCGGCAGACGCGGUAACCAAGCACCCGAACGAGCCAAUCAGGAACGCCAUCAGCUGCUUCCGCAAUGGCUAUCCGACGGUCAUCCUGGCCGUCAGCAGCAGCAGCCGCGUCAGCAAUAUCAACGACAGCAGACGCACGAGAAUGGUCAGCUGUCAGACACUCCGGACUCCGAGAACGAGGAGCAGGAUUUUUUCCACCGGGUAGUCGACGUCUCGGGAUCUCCGCCGUUAUCCGCGCUUAGCCUCGGUCUCUCCUCCGCGUUUUUCGGCUCAGAUCCCCCCGUUGCCCCUGCUCGCCGGAACCCGGGCCAGUCCCCUCUUCUCGCCAGCCAAUCCGCUACAAGCAGUCGAUCCGAUAUAAGCAGCAGAUCCCCGCUCGUCCUGUCGGAUUCCGGUUCAGGAAAUGCCGGACAGGAGCCGCCGAGUGUAACGCGGUUGCGCUCCCCGCACUUGCCGCCGCUGCCGCCGCCAGCGCUAGACCCUGUCGCGCGAGAGCGCGCCGAGCGUUCCUCGUCUGCUUUUGAGUCGAUUCAAACACUAGCCCCUGUCACGCGACAGCGCGCCGAGCGCUCUUCGUCUUCAGCGGGUCCGGAAGCCUUUGACGAUGGACUCGCGGAAAGACGAGGGGAAGCGGUAGAGCGCGGGGAAGCUUGCGGGGAAGCAGAAGGGGGAGGGGGAAAGGGAGGGGAAAGACCACGGGGACAUUCCGCGGAGGUGUCUUCCGCAAGCGGAGAUUCCGUGUCAAGCUACCGCCCGUACGAGACUCCCCCACCCAUUCAACGACGCCCGUACGACGCCCACGUGGCGAUUGCUUCAACCAAUGGCGAGCUGUUCGCCCUCCGGAGUCUCACCUCCCCCCCGACUCCCUCCCAGAUGCUCUCCGCCGCUUCCCCCGCCGCCCCUGCCGCUGGGCUCCCGUCCCCCCCUUCGCUAUUGUCACUACCGGGAAGCGUGACAGAGGGAGGCGAGAGGCAAGAGGGCAGGGGAGGGGGAGAGGUACGGGUGGAUAUGGAUAGAGCGAGGGAGGGGAGACGGGGAGAUAGCGGGGAGGCGCAAGGGGGCGUCGGGCAAGGGGCUAUAUUGCAACGGUGGAGAGAGGGGAUGACUGGUGGCGAAGCGGCCUGUUCUGCUGACUUACCGCCAGAAGCAGCAACGGGAGCAGGAGCAGGAACAGGAGCCGCAGCAACAGAGGCGGAAGGCACAGCAUCAGGAGUAACAGGUGCAGGAGCAGCAGCGGCAGGCGCAGCAGCUGCAGGCGCAGCAGCACCAGCGGCAGCGGCAGUAGAGUCAGCAGCAGAGGCAGCUAGUGACGCAGCGGGGGAAGCAGCAGCCAUGGCGAUCAUCGGCGCAGGAGGGGGGGGCGAGCAGUGCGACCAGCCACGGCAGCGGAGGGAGGGCCGCAUGCAGGCUCAGGUUCCCCUGCUGCCGCCAAUGGUGCUGAUGGUGCUGAUGGUGGUGAUGGUGGUGGUGCUGGUGAAGGGGGGAGAGGAGGGGGAGGGGGAGGGACGGUGACGCGGGGGUCGGACAUGCACCUGGCGGCGAGGAGUCUGGAGCAGGCUGUGCCGUUCGUGUUCCUGCUGCUCUUCGUGCAAGUCAGACAGCACCUCGUCGGUUUCUGCACGGUCGUGUGGCUCACCGCGGCCCUGUUCAAAUCCAACGACUUCAUCCGCAAGCAGGGCGCGCUCAAGGCGGAACGCAAUCCUGUCUUGCUGGCGCUCGCCGCUGUGCUGCUGCUUGCACACGUGGCAGUUGUCAAUUGGCUCUUCUGGCCCGAGCAGCUAUGGAGGCCGCUUUUGCUCAUCCCUCCUGCUGAGGUCCCCCCUUUCUGGCACGCGCUCUUCAUUAUAGUCACAAAUGACAUCCUCGUUCGCUUCAUGGCAAUGGCAGUCAAGUGCGCCAUUCUCAUUGCGCACCGCCACAGCAAGGGACUCAACAACCGCCAGCAGGCUCAAGUUCUAACCCUCAUAGAGUACACCUCUUUGCUCUACCGCGCCUUCGUCCCGGCGCCCGUGUGGUACCGCUUCUUCCUCAACGACGAGGCGUAUGGCCGCUUACCGCGUCCCUCACUGCCGGGCUCUACCUCACCUUCAAGCUCUCCACUGCACUCGACAGGUGCUUCUCUUUGUGUCGGCUGUCCCGGCAAGCGGUGGGGAAGGGGGAGCAGUACGGCACAGAAGCCACACCCGAAGAGGUGGCGGCAGCAGGCAGCAUGUGCGCCAUAUGCCAGGAGCACAUGACCGGGCCUGUCACACUGCGAUGCCGCCACGUCUUCUGCGACGAAUGCGUCUCCGAAUGGUUUGAGAGGGAGCGCACGUGUCCGCUGUGCCGCAUGGUGGUGAAGCCAGCAGGGCUGCGCUCCUUCAGUGACGCCAACACCAGUCUGCUUGCGCAGCUGUUCUGAUUACUGCUUGCCAUUAGAUUGGAUCGGAUGAGCUUCCAGGACUCUGCGCAACACGUGGUGUGGCUGGCAGCGCAAGCCGCACCAUCAGCUCAGCAAGCUGCGCAACAUCCUAGUCUUGACCGAUAGACACUGUUUUAGAAGUACUAGGUCACCAAGGGAAGCUUAUCGGCUAGCAGAUUCUGAUUGCUGCAUCCCCACCACACCAACAAGUGUUCU